AUGGAUAAAUUCAAAUUAAAUCAGUGGGUCAACGUGACAAUCUGUGUUGCCAUAGUUACUCUGCUACCUACUGGCAUAACAGUGUGUACACACUUGCCGAAAUCUAGUCAACAGGAACGAGAGAUUCUGGCAUCAACUGAGAUUCCUGUAGAUCACAUUGACCCUGGUUCUAUAGACCUCACUCCAUUAAUAAAUGCUCUACUCAAUGCAACAAACACAGAUUCCCAGCAUCUCUUUUCUGUUUUAAGUGUGACAUCACACAGCUCUCUGGCACUGCACAAAAUCACCCUACUGGUUUACAACAUCUCAGACUUUCAGGAUAUUGAGACCAGCACUUUUCCCCUGAGAUACUGCUACUGUGUGACGAACAAAACCAAUGACCUUACAGAUUUCACAGCUUUACUGUUGGAUGUCAUGGGAAACUCAACUAGUUACCUGCAGGAGUUGUUUAAAUCCAGCUCCUUCCUCUCAGUUAGUCAGAGAAGGAGCUCAGACUGCAUCUACAUAUGUGUAUUGGCUGGAAAAACAGACAGAGACUUGACUGAAUUGUGGGAUUCUGUUUCUCCACUGUUUAACCAGACCUUUAUAGAAAUGACAAACAAAGAUUCAUCAACAGACUUCUCAUCGUCCUUUACCACACACUCCGCCAUUUCUGUCCCAUCUCAGUCCUCAGCUGCCUCCAAAGUAGCAUCAUCUACUUACAUCCCUUCUACUGUGCCUACUAGUGGUCACAUGACUUCUUUUCAUACAGCCAUACCCAGUCAUAUCACAUUGACAACUAUUAACGUAAAGACCCCAUCAGCUACUGCUAUCAUACCAAUAUCACCAGCCGUUCCCAUGACAACUCAGCUAGCAUCCCCAACUGGAAGCGCUGGCAUAGCUGUAGCAACAACCACUGAAACACAUGUUUCCAUGGCAACUGAAACACCAGUCACAAGAGCGACGAGCAGAUCUGCUCAUUUAGCAACGGAGAUCCUCCCCAAGACAUCAGCAGCCACAACAACCAAUCCAGCUACCAGCAAAGCCUUUCAUACAGAAGAACCAGGUUGCCCUUGGAGAUCCGAGCUUUUCUAUAGAAGAAGUCAGAGAGGCCUGACGGAAGACCCGAACGAAACCCUGGACGAGGACCUGAGUGGGAACAGGCCGACGAUCAGCACAAUAAAACUGCAGCCAUGUGUGUUUGAACUGUGCAAGUUCUUCUCCCAGUGCCUUUGCAGAGGGUUAAAUCGGAAAAGCACUCAGUGGAGGUACUGCGUGUCCAGUCAUUUCUGGUAUGAGAAGCACACAGUGGAGAUCUGCAAUCGCGUAAAAAGAGUCGCCUUUUCCAAGAAUCUGAAGCAGAAGUGCCUGACCAGGAUGUGUAGAAAAAUAUAAGCAGUAUGUGGUGCCCCAGCAACAGACCCUCACCCUGAACCCUCUCACCUUAAAGGAGUAAGACAGAGAGAGAGAUGUAUGUGUGUUGGUGCUUGUCUGUAUAGCCGGAUCUAAGAAUAAGCCAGUUAGAAUGCUGCCUUGUGACUGAGUAUCACAAAGGGGCCUGACAGAAUGGACCUACUUAAGAUAAUACACUAUAUGGACAAAAGUAUUGGGACACCUCUUAUUAUUAAAUUCAUGUGUUUCAGUUACAAUUGUUAACAAGUGUAAUAAAUCAAUUAUAUAAAUUAACUACAGUGUGUUUAAAUGUAUUUUUGUUAUCAUUUUAACUAAAAUAAUAAAAACCAUAUUGUUAAUCAACACCUUA